CCCUGAGACCGCUUCCUGGCUACAUCCUCUGGCAGGCAGCACCAUGAGUUGCAGACAGAGCUCCUCAUCUUUCUGGAGCAGCAGCAGCAGCUGUGGAGGAGGAGGAGGCAGAGGGGGCAGCGGAGGCAGCAUGCGAUCUUCUUUCAGUCGCUCCUCCAGGGCUGGUGGAGGAGGAGGAGGCCGCUUUAACUCUUCCAGUGGCUUUAGCGGGGGUGGCUUUUCGGCUUGUGGCGGUGGAGGUGGUGGCAGUUUUGGCUCUAGCUAUGGUGGAGGGUAUGGAGGGGGUUUUAGUACAGGGAGUUACAGCGGUAUGUUUGGUGGAGGUUCUGGAGGUGGCUUUGGUGGUGGCUCUGGCGGUGGCUUUGGUGGUGGCUCUGGAGGUGGCUUUGGUGGUGGCUCUGGAGGUGGUGAAGGCGGUAUUCUGAACACCAAUGAGAAAAUCGUUAUGCAGAACCUCAAUUCCCGUCUGGCCUCUUACAUGGAGAAAGUACUAGAACUGGAGGAGAGCAACACUGCCAUGGAGAAGCAGAUCCAGGACUGGUAUUCAAAGAGGGGGCCCAAAGUCUUCCAGAAGGACAACACUCAUUACUAUGACACCAUCGAAGACCUGAAGGACAGAAUUGUGGAUCUCACGGUGAGGAACAACAAAACUCUCGUGGACAUCGACAAUACUCGCAUGACUAUGGAUGACUUCAGAGUUAAGCUUGAGAUGGAGCAAAGCCUGCGCCAAGGGGUGGAAGGUGACAUUAAUGGCCUGAAGAAGGUGUUGGAUGAUCUGGUUAUGGCGAAAUCUGAUCUGGAGAUACUGCUUGAUAGUUUGGAGGAUGAGAAGAAUGCCCUUACGAAGAACCACAAGGAGGAGAUGAGCCAGUUGACGGGCCAGAAUGAUGGAGAUGUUAAUGUGGAGAUAAAUGUUGCUCCUAGCACAGAUCUCACCCGGGUCCUCAAUGACAUGCGUGAGGAAUACGAACAGCUCAUUUCUAAGAACCGCCAGGACAUUGAACAACACUAUGAGUCCAAGAUGACCCAGAUUGAGCAGCAAAUGACAAAUAGUGGCCAAGAGAUGGAGAGCAACAUGAAGCAAGUGUCCCAGCUCCAGCACACUAUCCAGGAACUGAAUGUGGAGCUGCAGACUCAGCUUACCACGAAAUCAGCCCUGGAGAAGGCUUUGGAAGACACAAAGAACCGCUACUGUGGCCAGCUGCAGCAGAUCCAGGAGCAGAUCAGCGAGUUGGAGGCCCAGCUUGCUGAGAUCCGGGCAGAAACUGAAUGCCAGAGUCAGGAAUACAGCAUUCUGCUCAGCAUCAAGACACGGCUGGAGAAAGAAAUUGAGACUUACCGGGAGCUCCUUGAAGGCGGCCAGCAAGACUUUGAAUCGUCUGGAGCUGGACAAAUUGGCUUUGGAAGUGGCAAAGGAAGACAAAGAGGAAGUGGUGGCAGCUAUGGAGGAGGAAGUGGGGGCAGCUAUGGAGGAGGAAGUGGGGGCAGCUAUGGAGGAGGAAGUGGGGGCAGCUAUGGAGGAGGAAGUGGAGGGAGCUAUGGAGGAGGAAGUGGGGGCAGUCAUGGUGGAAAAAGUGGAGGCAGUCAUGGAGGAGGAAGUGGGGGCAGCUAUGGAGGAGAAAGUGGGGGCAGCCAUGGAGGAGGAAGUGGGGGCAGCUAUGGUGGAGGAAGUGGGGGCAGCCAUGGUGGAAAAAGUGGAGGAGGUUAUGGAGGAGGAAGCAGCUCUGGGGGAGGAAGUGGAGGCAGCUAUGGAGGAGGAAGUGGGGGCAGCCAUGGAGGAGGAAGUGGGGGCAGCUAUGGUGGAGGAAGUGGGGGCAGCCAUGGUGGAAAAAGUGGAGGAGGUUAUGGAGGAGGAAGCAGCUCUGGGGGAGGAAGUGGAGGCAGCUAUGGAGGAGGAAGUGGGGGCAGCCAUGGUGGAAAAAGUGGGGGUAGCUAUGGAGGAGGAAGUGGUGGCAGCUAUGGAGGAGGAAGUGGGGGCAGCCAUGGUGGAAAAAGUGGAGGAGGUUAUGGAGGAGGAAGCAGCUCUGGGGGAGGAAGUGGAGGCAGCUAUGGAGGAGGAAGUGGGGGCAGCCAUGGUGGAAAAAGUGGAGGUAGCUAUGGAGGAGGAAGCAGUUCUGGGGGAGGAAGUGGAGGCAGCUAUGGAGGAGGAAGUGGUUCUGGAGGAGGAAGUGGGGGUAGCUAUGGUGGAGGAAAUAGAAGGCCAUCUCAGUCCCAGUCCUCCUCAAAGUCUGCAGACUGCGAUGAUGAUUCACAAGAGCACAAGAUGCGAUACUAGAACCCCGAUUCACUUUCUCCACCGGACCCCAGCUGAGACUGUCCCGGGAGGGCAGAAGCUACAUGAAGCAUCCUUACUGCAUCCUGACAUCAAGACAAGCCGGCCACAAGCUGGGGUAACCGUUUGGAACUGGAUGGAGUUGGCACUGUGCCUCUGGACAUCUCUUGGCUCUGUUCCUUGCUGGGGAGGCUUCAGGGCUAGGGAGAAUGUGAUUCUUCUUUGUGUCCUGGGGGUGGCUCCACUCCCUUCCUUGUCCUGACUUCCUAGUAAAGCUUUCCUGUUGCAAAUUAAACUUGGAUUCUGAG